AUGUCAGAUAAAGUUGAAGUAGCGGACGUUACGUCGCUUAAUGCUUUAGCAGCAGGUACUAAUAAGAAAAACCCAAGAGUUGUCGCAGCUGGUUUGGGUGGACGUUUGAUGGGUACCAAGUCAUUGGUGGAUGUCACCGCAGACGAAAUCACCAAGGACUCUGAACUGUCGUUGGCAGAAAAGGAUAGAAAAGACAAGGAAAAGUGGACCAAAAUGACCCAUAUUUCGGACCAGCCAUGGACUUGGUCAAAUUGGUCGGAACACAUUAACUGGUUGAAUUUGAUUUUGGUAGUUCUUGUUCCUACCGUUGGGUUUGUGUGUGCAUUGAGACACCCACCACAACUUAAGACGGCAGUAAUGGGAGUGAUACUUUACAUUUUGUCGGGUUUGUCGAUCACGGCUGGAUACCAUAGAUUGUACUCUCACAAGGCGUACGACGCAGCAGUACCAGUCAAGAUUUUCUUUGCUCUUUUUGGUGCAGGUGCGGUUGAAGGUUCCAUUAAAUGGUGGGGCCACUCGCACAGAGUGCACCACAGAUACACCGAUACCGCUAGAGAUCCAUAUGAUGCCAGACAAGGGUUAUGGUACUCGCACAUGGGAUGGUUGUUGAUUAAGGCCAACCCUAAGAACAGAGCCAGAGCGGAUAUUUCUGACUUGACCGGUGACUGGGUGGUUAACUUCCAACACCGUCAUUAUCUCGUAAUAAUGAUUUUCAUGGCCCUUGUGCUUCCAACUUUGAUUGCUGGAUUAGGAUGGGGUGAUUAUUGGGGUGGAUUCGUCUACGGAGGAAUCAUCAGAUCUUUCUUCAUUCAACAAGCCACAUUUGCUAUCAAUUCGUUAGCACACUGGAUUGGAAGUCAACCAUUCGACGAUAGAAGAACCCCUAGAGAUAAUGUUAUCACUGCAUUGGUCACCUUUGGUGAAGGUUACCACAACUUCCACCACGAAUUCCCAUCGGAUUACCGUAAUGCUUUAAUAUGGUACCAAUAUGAUCCAACUAAGAUCACCAUUUGGGUGUUAUCCAAGUUGGGAUUAGCAUGGGGUUUAAAGACAUUUUCUCAAAAUGCCAUUGAACAAGGUUUGAUCCAACAGCAACAAAAGAAGUUGGACAGAAUGAAGUCCAAGUUGGAAUGGGGUACCAUGCUUAAUGAAUUGCCUCUUAUGGAUAAGGAAGAGUUUACUGCAAGAGCUAAGAAGGAUGGCUUGAUUCUUAUUUCUGGUAUUGUUCACGACGUUAAGCAAUUCAUCAAGCAACAUCCUGGUGGUCAAGCAUUGAUUAGAGUCUCAUUGGGUAAGGAUGCCACUAAGGCUUUCAACGGUAUGGUCUACGCCCAUUCUAAUGCUGCCCACAAUAUGUUGGCGAACAUGAGAAUCGCCAUUCUUAAGGACCACGCCGUUAACGGUAAUACCUUCGACCUCCAACAAGAAUUCCUUGAUAAAGAAAAGGUUAACUGA